UGACGUCUUCGUGAUAAUAGUGAAUUAUAAGUCAGAAAGAUUAAAUUUAUUGUUUUUUGUUGAGUUUUUCCCUAUAAAAAUAAAAGUGAAAAAAAAUCGUAACUUCUUUAAUAAUGUAAGCCUAUAGAAUAAUGUGUUAUUGUGUAUUAAACUUCAUGCAGCUCAAAAUGAUUGACAUUCGAUAAAUAUGUGUGUUACAUUUUUGACCCCCUCGACGUCCGACACCAUGAACUAUGACCCUGCAUAUUGAGACCUGGCCAGUACUGAUAUAAUGUCUGAUAAUAACGUUGUUACCAUCACGACUGGAUUUCAUCAACUAUGCAUUACCAUCGAAUGUGCUCAUAUCCGUACGGGUAGUUUUUUAAAACCAAACCCGUACGUGGAGGUUACAGUUGACGAUCACAAGCAUUCCCGCAAAACAGAAGUUGUUAAGAACACUUAUCAGCCGAAAUGGAACGAAGAAUUCACUGUUUUGGUCACGCCCACUUCUUAUCUGCACUUCCGUCUACUGGAUCACAACAGCUUCCGGAAAGACGCGGUCAUCGGAGAAAAACGGCUCAACUUGUAUCAGAUUUUGACCCAUUAUCAUGGAAGAUGUGACAAUUUGGAAGUUACUUUGGAUUUAUUAUCCGAUUCUAAAAGUAUAAGCCCUCAUAACAAAGUUGGAGAGUUGGUUACAUUAUUCGAUGGACUAAGAGUUGACUUGAGCACAAUAGUGGUACCUGAAUCUAUACGUAAUGCUACAGUCACAAAUUCAAACAGAUAUGCUGGCAUGAACUAA